AUGAUACCACCCGACGCCAUAUCCUCACGCCAUCACGACGCGCAAUACACUUAUUCACCUCCUCGUCCAUACACGUCCUCGUCUCCUCGUCCCACACAUCACGCAUCCGCUCUCGCAUCACCUCGCAUUGUCGCGCACGCACGCCACGUCGUCUCGCGUCUGUAUCCGUCGGACCGGUCUCUCCCACAUCGUUACUCUACGCCGCACGCCCCGCCCGCCGCCCGCGUCUAA